AUGGAGGUUGAAUACCGUACUCGUUUAACGACUGUUUUAGAUGUGACGCGCUUUCUAUUGAAGCAAGGUUUGCCUUUCCAUGGACAUGAUGAGCCCUUGAGCUCAUUGAACAAGGGCAAUUUUCUUGAGUUGCUCGAGUGGUAUAGCCUAUGGAAUGAUAAGAUUUUCAGGGCGAUUACAUGUGCUAUUGUUGAUGAUAUUGGAGAUAAAUGUUUUUCUCUUAUGAUUGAUGAAGCUCGGGAUGUGUCAGUGAAGGAGCAAAUGGGAGUUGUUCUGCGAUAUGCGAAUAAGAAUGGGUAUGUGAUAGAGCGGUUUCUUGCUAUGGUUCAUGUGCUGGAUACAUCAUCUAUUUCAUUGAAGAAUGCCACUGAUUGUCUAUUUGCCAAACAUGGGUUAUCUCUUUCAAGAUUGAGGGGACAAGGAUAUGAUGGGGCUUCAAAUAUGUACAUCUAUUGUUUUGCUCAUCAACUCCAAUUAGUGGUUGUUGCUGUUGCUAAAGACAAUCGAAUUGUGAGUGAUUUUUUCCAAUAUGUUACUAUGAUUGCUAAUGUGGCUGGAGCAUCAUGCAAAAGGAAAGACCAACUUCGGCAACAUCACCAUGAUAGGUUGGUUGAGCAAUUGGAGAAAGUAGACAUAGUCAGUGGCAGAGGAAAAAAUCAAGAAUCCAGCUUAGCAAGACCAGUGUUAGAUGUCCUCCAACAUGUGCAUGAUGAUGGUGCUUCUAAUGAUAACAGAGGCAUAGCGGUCAUUGAUUUGAUUGCACAAGAAAUGCAAAACCGCUUCCCAGAAACUAGCACAGAAUUACUUCUUCUUCUGUUAUGCCUUGAUCCAAAGGACUCAUUCUCCAAAUUCAACAUCCACAAGCUACUUCGUCUUACAGAACUUUAUCCCGAAGAUUUCACAAUGAUUGAGCGCAUGAUGCUUGAGGAUCAACUUGCUACUUUUAUUUAUCAUGUUAUUGAUUUGAUUUCUCAAGAAAUGCUCAACCGCUUUCCUGAAGCUAGCACGAAGUUACUUCUUUUGGUAUCAUGCCUUGAUCCUAGGGACUCAUUUUCUAAAUUCAACAUCCAUAAGCUACUCCGUCUUGCAGAGUUGUACCUUGAAGACUUCUCAUUGACUGAACGUAUGAUGCUUGAGGAUCAACUUGCUACUUUCAUUUAUGAUGUGCGGCAUGAUGAUGAUUUUGCAAAUAUCGGGGACUUGAGAGGUUUUGCUAUAAAGAUGGUUGAUACUGGCAAGUGUACUAUUUUUCCACUCGUUUAUCGUCUUGUUGAGCUGGCAUUGGUUUUGCCAGUUGCGACAGCUAGUGUUGAGAAGGCAUUUUCGGCGAUGAAUAUUGUGAAAACUGACUUGCGCAACAAAAUGGGAGUCGAGUGGAUGAAUGAUAGCAUGAUUGUCUAUAUUGAGAAAGAGGUUUUUGCAACUAGUGAUAAUGAGGCGAUCCUAUAA